GCAAUGUCAUGCAAACAUUAAAAGAUAUACUAUUACAAGACUAACCAUGACCUACAUAGAGAACAAACUACACCCAGUCAUCCACCAUAAAGUAGUCAAUCGACCCUAAUUAGUGAACUAGUCAAUUUAGAAGAGUUGGGUGAGGAUAAGGGAAUCUCCUCUCCCAAAUUGUCACUAACAAUGAGCUUAAUGUUUAGGAAAAAGUCACAAUUGCUAAAAAGUCAUUAACGUUAGACUUUGGGCAUCUCCCGCGCUUUUAAGCUUAACUCAAUCAAAAUGGCGCCUUUCACUGCCCAAAUGCUCAUAGGAUUUUGAGGAGAGAGAAAUUAACCCGAAAUUCUCAAAAAAAAAAAAAAAAUGGGUGUAGAAGCUAAGGAAGAACAAUGGAAGCAGAAAUUUCCAGCAUUUCCAUACAAACCCUACUCCAUUCAACUCGAUUUCAUGAACUCCCUCUAUCAAUUUCUCGACAAUGGCGGCAUUUCCAUGCUCGAAAGCCCCACUGGUACUGGGAAAACUUUAAGCAUUAUUUGCAGCGCAUUGCAGUGGCUCGUCGAUCGGAAAAAUCAGCAAAAACCCAAUUUAGGGAAUUCAUGUCCGUCCGAUGAUGAACCCGAUUGGAUGCGUGAAUUUGUGGUAAGUAAAGAAAACCCAGUUCAGGAGAAGAAGAAAAUUGGGGUUAAGUCAAAAAAGUUCACUGAGGCAAAUCGUCGAACUGGUGGUGUGGGUGAUUUGUUCGGCAAUGAGAGUGAAAUUGGGAAGAAUGAGAGGGUUGAGAAGGGGGGAAAUGUUAAGGGGAAUGAUGGGAAAUUGUUGGAUGAUGACGAGUUUUUGGUAGAGGAGUAUGAGAGUGAACAAGAAGAGGAAGAGGGUGGGGUGUGUAAGAGGAAGGGCUCGAUUAGCUCGUCGAGUGAUGAGGAUGAAGAGGAUAAAUUGGAUGGAGAGGAAGAGGGGUUGAAGGUUUUCUUCUGUAGUAGAACACAUUCACAGCUUUCUCAAUUUAUAAAAGAGUUGAAUAAGACUGUGUUUGGUUCUGAGUUGAAGGUUGUCUCUUUAGGUUCUAGGAAGAAUCUCUGCAUCAAUCAAGAGGUGCUGAAGAUUGGUAACCCUGCUAGUAUCAAUGAACGUUGUUUGGAGCUGCACAAUAGUAAGAAAAAUGGAGGUUCAAAGAUCAAGAAGCUGGAGCCUGGAGGAAGGGUACGGCGGACAAAGGCUUCAGCAGGCUGCCCAAUGCUUAGAAAACAGAAGUUGCAAAAGGAUUUCGUGAGUGAUGUCUCUCAGCAAGAGGCUUUAGAUAUUGAAGAUCUUCUUGAUCUUGGUAGCAGAUUAGGAACUUGUCCAUACUAUGGCUCAAGACGUAUGGUUCCAGCAGCGGACCUUGUUGUGCUUCCUUAUCAAUCUCUACUAUCGAAAUCUUCUCGUGAAUCCCUUGGUAUAAAUUUGAAGAAUAAUAUCAUUAUAAUAGACGAGGCUCACAAUUUAGCUGAUUCACUUAUUGGCAUGUAUGAUGCAAAGAUUACUUUGUCACAGUUGGAAAACUUGCAUCAAUGCUUGGAGAAUUACCUUGAAAAAUUCCGUAGCCGUUUGGGGCCUGGAAAUAGGAGAUAUAUCCAAAUCUUGAUGAUCCUGACCCGAGCUUUCAUGCAAGCUAUAUUCGAUGAGGAUGAAACAAAUGAUAAUGUAACUAGCAAUGCUGUUGAAAGAACAAAAGGUCCAAAUGAAUCAUCAGUGACAAUAAAUGAUUUUCUAUUUGCUUUGAAUAUCGACAACAUCAAUUUUGUAAAGCUCAUAAAUUAUGUUAAGGAAAGCAACAUCAUUCACAAGGUCAGUGGAUAUGGAGAUAAGGUUACAUGCUUGGAGAAGCAGAUCCCUGGAGGUUCUAUCAGUAAAGAAGGGGGAAGUACUUUGUCUGGAUUUCGGGCACUACUUGAUAUGCUAUUAUCAUUGACAAAUAAAAAUGUAGAUGGGAGGAUAAUAGUCUCAAAGCUGAGAUCAAAAGGACUGUCCGAGCAAGAUGGAUUCAUCAAAUAUGUUAUGCUCACUGGUGAAAAGAUUUUUUCUGAGAUUGUAAAUCAAGCUCAUGCAGUUAUCUUGGCUGGAGGAACUCUGCAACCUAUAGAGGAGACAAGGGAGAGACUCUUCCCUUGGCUACCAUCACAAAGUUUGCAUUUCUUUUCAUGUGGUCAUAUCAUCCCUCCUGAGAGUAUCCUACCAGUUGCCGUAUCAAAUGGGCCAUCUGGCCAGUCAUUCGAUUUCAGCUAUGCAUCCAGAAACUCACCAAAAAUGAUUGAGGAGCUUGGUCUCAUGCUUUGCAAUUUGGUGAGUGUAGUUCCUGAAGGAAUAGUUGUAUUUUUCUCUUCAUUUGAUUACGAAGACAAGAUCUAUGAGGCAUGGAGAACAAGUGGGAUUUUAAACAGGAUUACAAAAAAGAAGCGUUUGUUCCGAGAACCUCGAAGUAGUUCAGAUAUUGAAGGUGUUCUGAAGGAGUACAAGGAUACAAUUGACAUGCUUUCUAAUAAAGCCCUAAACGAAAGCAAAACAUCUCUAAAUGGUGCAGUGUUAUUGGCUGUAGUUGGUGGUAAGAUAUCAGAAGGCAUCAACUUCAGUGAUGGAAUGGGCAGAUGUAUAGUUAUGGUCGGGCUUCCUUACCCUAGCCCAUCAGAUAUUGAGUUGAUUGAGAGAAUCAAGCACAUGGAAGGCAUUGGUGACACAAAAGCUACCAACUCAUUACAGGUUUCAAAUAAUGACACAUAUAUUGGAGGAAAUGUUAACGCUGGGUUUGACAUUUUACGACGUUGCAAGCGAAGAGGCAAGGAGUAUUAUGAAAAUCUUUGUAUGAAAGCUGUGAAUCAGUCAAUUGGUAGAGCAAUUCGUCACAUAAAUGAUUAUGCUGCUAUUUUGUUGAUUGAUUCACGGUAUGUGUCUGACCCUAUAAAGCGAAGUUCUUCACCCCCAGCUAGCAAACUACCACAGUGGAUUCAAGACCGUCUUAUCUCUUCUACUUCCAACUACGGUGAAGUUCAUAGACUGUUACAUCAGUUCUUUAAGAUUAACAAGAAUAAAGUAAGGUAAUGUUCAAAAAUUGGAGAAUCAGUCUUUAACUUAGCAAAACCAAGUACAGCCACCAGCACACCCAAAGUCUGCUCCAGCCUUGUCCACCUCUGAGAUCAUUCCCUUGUAUAGAUAGACGUAAGACAAUAGAUUUCUUGGCCAGAUUCAGCAACGACAAGUUUGUUAACUCUAGCCAUGAUUUUUUCGCUGUUGCUCCUAAUUUAGGGUUUUUUUUUUUUUUUUUCCUUCCUUUUCCAGUAAGCUACAUGAGAUAGAAUAGUAUUGUACUUCUCAAUAUAAGUGUCCAUGAUACAGUACACAGCUAUAAUGCCUAUAAACCUGCAUAAUUUCAUGGUAUAAAAAUUGUAAGUCAAUGCUAAGAUCUUUAACCUUGCAAGCUAUGUUAAUUAAUUC